CACUUUCGCUGUUUAACCCCCCUCCAAUAGUUUCCAACCACCCACCACCACCUCAAGAGAUAACGAACGAAAGAUAAAGGGCAAGCCAAGCUGCUGCAAUUUCUUUUCUUUGCAUCGCAAGAGAAAAUAAUCUCUGCAGGGAUCAAGAGCAGCAGGGAACAAUGGCGAGCGUUACAGUGUUUGGUCCUCCCCUGUCAACAGCAGUCUCGAGAGUCCUCGCUUGCCUGCUGGAGAAAGACGUCGAGUUCGAGCUCUCGCCGGUGGACAUGUCCAAGGGCCAGCACAAAGCCCCGGAGUUCCUCAAGCUCCAGCCCUUUGGCCAAGUUCCUGCGUUUCGCGACGGUGGCAUAACCCUCUUCGAGUCCCGAGCCAUAUGUCGAUAUAUAUGCGACAAAUAUUCCGACCAAGGCAACGCAUCGCUCAUAGGAACGAGAGAAGGCGGACUAUUGGAGCGCUACAGCAUAGAGCAAUGGCUAGAAGCGGAGUCCCAGAGCUACAACUCUCCAAGCUCGACCUUAGUACUCCAGCUAGCGCUCGCGCCGAGAAUGGGGCUCAAACAGGACCCGGCAUUGAUCGAGCAGAGCGAGGCCAAGCUAUCCAAAGUGCUGGACGUCUAUGAGCAGAGGCUCGCAGAGAGCAGGUUUCUUGCGGGGGACGAGUUCACGCUUGCAGACUUGUCUCACUUGCCGAACACGCAGUACCUUGUGAAUGCUACUGAUAGAGGGGGUUUGAUUACGUCGAGGGAAAACGUGGGGAGGUGGUGGGAGGAGAUCUCGAAGAGGGAUUCUUGGAUGAAGGUUGUCGAGAUGCAGAAGGCCGGUGCUCCUCAGCCUUCUUGAUUUUACUUUCUGUAUCUGUGCUUUGUGUGCUUUUGCUAUUUAGAUUUUAGGAUCAAAAUCUCCUGCUAGAUUUUAGUAUUUUGACUCUUUUAAGAGUAAAAAGAAUUUACUCGAGGGGUCUAUCUGUACUUGGGCACCUAGUACAAGGGGUAUAUCCGCAAUUGGGCUAUAUACUACAAGGAGUCUAUCUGCAAUUGACCUAAAAAGAAUCAGCUUUCCUAUUGUCUGGUUUUUUUUUUCUGAUAUUGGUAUCUCUAUUUAUGCUGAAUUUGAAGGAAAAUCUUGAAAAUUA